UGCUGAGAGGAGCGGCAGGUGGAAGGGAGUUUGAAAGCGGCUCGGCUGGGCUCCCAGCUCCGGGCCUGCGGGGUGUCCCCGGGCGAAGGGAAUGCAGAUGGGACGGGACUCGCCACCGCGGCCCUGAGCGCCUCGAGCCCCCCGCAGCGACUGCUGCUGCCGGCUCCCCGUCGGGGCCACCUCGCGCUCGGGGCAGCCGCUGGCGAUGACCGGAGAGAAGCUGCGCUCACUGCGCAGGGACCAUAAGCCCAGCAAGGAGGACGGGGACCUGCUGGCGCCCGGCGAGGAGGAGGCGGCGGCCGCGCCCGGCGGAGGAGGCUCCUUCACCGGCGGCCGAGCGGGGAGCGGCAAGGGAGGCCGUGCCGGGAGCCACCGCAUCUUCGCCAACCACCACCACCACCGGCUGCCGCUCAAGGGAGGGUCCGGGGGAGCGGCCCCCGCCGCUAUCCCCGAGCCCGACAAGUGCUCCGCCGCGCACUUUCCGGUUCACGAGUGUGUCUUCAAAGGGGACGUGAGGCGGCUGUCGGCUCUGAUCCGCACGCACGGCAUCGGCCAGAAGGACAGUCACGGAAACACUCCUUUACACCUUGCUGUGAUGUUGGGACAUAAAGAAUGUGCCCACUUGCUUCUGGCUCACAAUGCUCCUGUGAAAGUGAAAAAUGCUCAGGGAUGGAGUCCUCUUGCAGAAGCCAUCAGCUAUGGAGAUAGACAAAUGAUUACAGCACUCCUAAGGAAAUUGAAACAACAGUCUAGGGAAAGCGUUGAAGAAAAGCGACCUCGAUUAUUAAAAGCCCUGAAAGAGCUAGGUGACUUCUAUCUUGAACUUCACUGGGAUUUUCAAAGUUGGGUGCCUUUACUUUCCCGAAUCCUGCCUUCUGAUGCAUGCAAAAUAUACAAACAAGGUAUAAAUAUCAGGCUCGACACAACACUCAUAGACUUUACUGACAUGAAGUGCCAACGAGGGGAUUUAAGCUUCAUUUUCAAUGGUGAUGCUGCACCCUCUGAAUCCUUUGUAGUUUUAGACAAUGAACAAAAAGUUUACCAACGAAUACAUCAUGAGGAAUCUGAGAUGGAAACAGAGGAAGAAGUUGACAUUUUGAUGAGCAGUGAUAUUUAUUCAGCAACAUUAUCAACCAAAUCAAUUACUUUCACACGUGCCCAAACAGGAUGGCUCUUCCGAGAAGACAAAACAGAAAGGGUAGGAAACUUCUUGGCAGACUUCUACCUGGUUAAUGGGCUUGUGUUGGAAUCAAGGAAAAGACGAGAGCAUCUCAGUGAAGAAGAUAUUCUUCGAAAUAAGGCUAUCAUGGAAAGCUUGAGUAAAGGAGGAAACUUAAUGGAACAAAACUUUGAGCAGCCUGUCAGAAGGCAAUCUCUCACGCCACCACCACCCAACACAAUUACAUGGGAGGAAUACAUAUCUGCUGAAAAUGGAAAAGCACCUCAUUUGGGUCGGGAACUGGUUUGCAAAGAAAGCAAGAAAACAUUUAAAGCUACAAUAGCCAUGAGCCAAGAAUUUCCUCUAGGAAUUGAAUCGUUAUUGAAUGUUUUAGAAGUAAUUGCACCAUUCAAGCACUUUAACAAACUGCGGGAGUUUGUGCAGAUGAAGCUUCCACCAGGAUUUCCUGUAAAGUUAGACAUACCUGUGUUUCCUACCAUCACAGCCACUGUGACUUUUCAGGAGUUUCGUUAUGAUGAGUUUGAUGAAUCAAUCUUCACAGUUCCUGAUGACUACAAGGAGGACCCUAGCCGUUUUCCUGAUCUUUAACUUAACUGGAAAGUUAACAGUGAAUAAAGAAUACCAGCAUGCCACAGUGAAAGAGAGUGGAUGCAAAUAGCCCACAGAUGUAUAUCUGAAAGUGGGUAAAAUUGGAAGGGAUAAGCCUGCUUAAAUGAAUUCAGAAAGGGAACACACAGUGAAUCUCAAUAGGUUCUACUACAUAGCAAGCAUCCAUCUAGUGUCUACAUGACAGCAGAUAUCCUGAUGUGUCACUUGCAUUUCUACACAUCCUGCAAGCAUGGUAGCCUGGCACCUCAAUGACCCCCACCCCCAUGGAUACUUACGUAACAGCUAUAAGGACUAUAGUUAUUUUUAAAAAUUUUAUGUUUUUUCUUGAUAAUAAAAAGCACUCUUGGACCAUUAGCAUAAACUAAAAUGUCUUAUAUGGAUAUUAGCUCUUUAAAACAUCCAUUUCAAGAUUCCCUCAACCUUUCUUCACACUUUUUUUACAUAAAUGAAACUAUGUAAUAGUUCAGUAAAUUAGAUGUUGGUUGAGCAAAUAGUAAAAGAAUUUUUCUGUAGAUGAAUGAACCAAACCACUUUAAACAGUUGCAUUUACAUAUUGCAAUACAUUUACAAACUAGAGCAUUCAAUCUGCAGGGAAUAAGGUACCUCCUUUAGCACCUUUAGUGCAAUUCAUUGUGGUGCUAUCCAUAUUUGUACCCAAACUCUCUUAAUUUUUCCACUGUUUUUUUCCCCUAAUAUUCUCAUGAAAUCAGCAGAUACUUUUUUUCAAGCUGGCUGGAAAUGUCCUUACUGUGUUUGAUGUUGGAGAGCAUACUUGGGCACUCUUCAUUUGCCCAGAAGGCUGAAUUGCUGGUAUUCUUUUGGGUAUAGCCAAUCCAAGAAAGCUGCUCAUCAAGAAAACAAACUAGUAUUGAUGUCCAGUGGUGUAUGGGAAUAUACUAAAUAUGUUUAUAUUACAAGUAGAAGAUUGGAACUUAAUUUUUUACCCCAACUGUAUACAUUGGGAUAAUUGAAUGGGUCUUAAAAUGGUUAAAAGAAAAAAAAUCAAGAAAAAUUGGCAAGGUUCCAGCAGGGGUCAUUACAGAAAGAAGAAUGAUUUCUUCAAAUGAUUGCUUUUAAACAUUAUGGUCUUCACAUGGUUCCAGUCUAUGAAACUUGAAGAUAACCUAGCUUUUUUGCUUUACUGGAAAGUGUGUGCCCCAAAAUGUUGGUAAUGUGUGUUAUACUAGUAUUCAGAGAUUUAGCUUCCAGUGAUGUGUAAAUGUACAGAAAUGUAAAUAUUUUCAAAAGUAUAUUCUUUGUGCUGCCUAGUCAAUCUACUCCCCCCCCACCCACCCACCCCGAAAACUGCUCAAGUCACUUUCUGACUUGAAUAAAACCGCCAUGCUGGGUAACUCCAUCCAGUGCUGGUGAUAACUUGGAAUGUGAAGUGUGGUGAGUGAGUCACUGUGCAAUAAAAUCAGACUCAUAAGCCUUGUGAGCUUUGUCAAGAAAAACUUUAAGAGAAUAUUCCCCAAAUGCAGUAGCUUUGUAUUGAUGCAGCAUGGAGAGAUGCAGUUCCAGAGAACUGCAUCCUCACGACCUGAAAUGGGAGAAACGUUGGGCCCAAUUCUAGAAAUAUUAUAAACUUAUUAAAACUCCAACCAUAAACAGUCUUGAUACAGCUAUGUAGCUAUAUAGCUAAAAUGCAAAUGCAUUUUAAUUAAUAUUAACCGAUGAUAGAUUUUCUAUGCCAGUUUAUUCCUUUGGGAGAGGCUAGGCUUGUUGAUGUUUGAUUGGAUCAUACUAUAAAACAGAUAAGGUGGCUGAAAGAUUUACAGUGCCACUCAUUCAUGUGAAAAUGAGCAAUAUGGGCUAGAUCAGGUGGUGGGCAAUACAAUAACAUAUGUGUAUAUUUCAAAAAUUAAUGAAUAAAUAAUGCCAAAGUUGUCGCUCGUAAGGAUGAUGUACAAAACUGUGGAAACGGUCAGAGCAGUAUUUAGCAAAUGUCUUUUUUCACAGCUGUUAGAUUAUUUGCCCUACACAGCAAAAGCAAAAAUCACAAUUCUAACCUAGUAAAGUAUUCCAUCUGUGGAAAGGAGCUCUGUUUGAGUUUAGGUUUAAUGGACAAAUGUAGGAUGCAUUGCCAUACUAGACAUAAGACCUGAGAAAGUCUUGCCAGUUUCUUUGCAACUUGAAAAAGGAGUCUUAAGCCAUUCACUGGCUUAAGACUUUACUGGUGCAGUUAGUUGCUCCCUGUCCCUUUUUUAGCUACAUACGGAGAGGGUUUUUUUUGUUCUAGUGUUGGAUUUUCAGAAAAGAAUAUUACCCGCUUGCCUCUGGUCCAGCCCAUCUGAGGCUGGAUGCUUAUACACACUGGUCUCUUGUGUUGAGUAUCCUAAUUCUUUGGAAUAUGUGAAAGAAUGCAUUUGUGGAUUGACUGAAAUAAGUGGGAAAGCUACACCAUGUAAGGGAGCUCUUCACAUGCCCUGAAUUAUCCACACUGGAAGCAGACAGCUAAUAAUGGAAGUAAGACAUGAGUGUACAAAAUCUGAUUGAACAUGAACCAAAACUUUAGGAUUAAGAUUUAGGUUCUCAGCUAUUGUGGCUAUUUUGAGAAUGGAUGCCUGGCUGCUUGUUCUGAUACAGUAGUUAUCACGAGGCAAAUUUUGCCUAGCAUUCUGGCAUGAUGAAUGUUUCUCUCAACAUCCCAGAUGUUAUAAUGAGAGACUUUUCUAGGUAUUGGAGUACUUUUCAAUCAUUCAAGAUUUUUGGGUUCCACUAUGAGAGAAAUUUAUUAGGAAGGCCAGGAUUUAGGAGCGAAAGCUGAAACGUGUUUGCAUGUUUAUAGGUCAUGGUUGGAAGUUACACAAAUCAGGAACAAAGACACUAGCUUAAAGAAAACAGCAAUCUAAAUAAUUAAACUUGUAUACACUUCUGUUGUCUAAAUGGACCAUUUUCUAAGAGGCACUUGAAAUUUCCCUACAUUGUAAUGCCUCUUAAAACCUAUUAAAAUGAUCUACUAAGCCUGAAUAUGGAACACUUGCAAAUAAAUUCCCGGAACUCUUCUUUAACCAAAAUUGUUUUACUGGUCUUCCAAAUCAUUGCUUUAAUUCAUAGCAAAGGGAAUAAUUUUUCUUUAUAUACAGCUGGCAUUUGUCACCUUAUUUAAAUUGCAGCUGAUGGACACCUAACAAUUUUAUCAUUACAACUGUGGAUAUAAAUCUCUGCUGGAAAUGCAUCUUAAACUGAUGCAUAAUAUAUUUAGAAAGUCCAUAUUUUAAAAUGUACUGAUUUUGAAUAAUUAAAAAUUACAUUAUUUAAACGUUGUUAACAAACUUCCUAUAAUGCUGCAGUUUUUCUUUGACAGUUUAUAAUGAUGGAAACUAAAUGUCAUUUUUGUAUCUUACUUUUCAUAUGUUCCAUGUCUAAUCUAGACUCACCUUCACAAGUAGUGUUUUUGGUUAUACCACUUAGAAUAAAGACCAAAAGAUGCUGUUUGCUUUUGAGACUGAACAUGUGGACAUUUUCAGAUAAAUCUAUGUUCUGCUAUGUGUUGACACUUCCUCCAUAUUAGAGGAAGGCUAAGAAGUACAAAAGAAAGGCUGUUACAGUGUACCAUUUUCACAAGGACAUUUUAUUGGUCAGUUUUUCAAUAAAAGCCUCAAUUUUCA